AUGACAACGGUUAAUUUCAAUGGGCCUGUAUUUGGUGCAGCCACAACCACGAGCUCUACGACAAACCCAUUUGCAUUUGGAGCAGCGACGAAUACCGCUGCUCCUAUGUUUGCUGGUUUUGGCGCAACAUCAAAUCCCGCUGCAUCUACAUUUAAUUUUACUCCAACAAAUCCAGCAGUGACCACUUCUGCUCCAGCAUUUAAUUCAACAGGGUUCAGACCUGUCUUUGGUGCAACAAACACAGCGACGACAUCGGCACCGACAAUGAACAUAUUUGGACUAAAUGUUACUGCGUCUACUACACAGCCAACACUUGGUGUUGGCGGUUUUAAUACAACAGCAACAACAAAUCCGCCGACAUUUGGAGGUUUUGGACCAACUGUAAAUACCACGAUGGCAACAUUUCCAUUCGGUGGAGCACAACCACAACCAACCUCUCAACCGUUUGCCGGCUUUCCAUCACUACAGCCUCAACCACAGUCACAAUUUCCAGGACAAAUUCAACAACUACAACAACAAGCUUAUAACCGAGAUGACAUAUUAAUAACGUCUUUGACUACACCACAUCUAUUUAGUGAUGAACGAGAUGAUUUAAUUUUAAAGUGGAAUAUUUUGCAAGUAUUUUAUGGCACCGGAAAGACAUUUUGUCAUCAAGGAGCGUAUGAAGUUGACGAUAAAUCAGUGUAUCAUGCAUUUAACACAUAUUCUUAUAGCGUCCGUCCUCGUACCCGUGAUGAAGAUGGUCUUGUUUCAUUGAUCAUUAAUCAAAAACUGGCUGAUGUUGCCAGAGUAAAGGAUAAAUUUAUCGAAAAUUUACAUCGUUUAUUCAACAAUAAUCCAAAUUGUCUAAUUGAGCUUGAAGGUCUGUCGGCAUUGGCAGAAGACAAGACUCAGAUGUUAAUUGUUGUUAGAUUAAAACAACCCGGUUCAUUAUUGACAAAAAAAGUCAAAGCAAGUGACGUCGUUAAUCAUCUGAGUCCUCCUCAACCAACUCAAUCACUCUCAACAUUAUUGACGAAUAAUGCGAAACAACAUUUAGAAUCAAUGGGAAUCGUUCAGAUAUUUGCUCGAACAGAUUUAACAGAUCAAGAAUAUAAACAAUAUCUAGACUCAACACCAGCAGGUUUAACAUCGUUUAUAUGGGAACAAGCUAAAAAAGAAAAUCCCAAACCACAGAUGUUAUUGCCUGUAGCACUUAUCGGUGUAAAAGCUCUGCGUGAUCGUAUGAAACAACAAGCUAUUGAAUAUGAUGCACAAAAACAGGAAUUAGUCAGUAUUCGACAACAAAUUCAGUCAGUGAAAGAUCAAUGUGAAACAUUUCGUUUACAAAUGAAACGUUAUCAAACAAAUCUAUUAGAAUAUUCACAUCGAAUAUUAAAAGCCACAAUUCAAUUUGAGAUUCGUCGACGUCUACAUGAACCAAAAUUAACAUCAAAUGAAAUUAAAUUAUGGACAUCAAUUUCUCCUCUAAUAUCAUACUCUUCUCAAUAUUCGUCAAAAACAUUAGAUAUACGAAUUAAAGACUUACUAAUGCAAAUACGUAUGAAUCCACAAAUAUUGAAAACAAUUAAUUGGACUUCUCUAGCUACGUCGUCAUUGGAUAAUGAAAAACUGGAAACAAUUAAAGAUAUUUUACAUGAAAUACAUCGUGGAAUUAAAAAUAUUCUUGAAAUUGUACAAAACGAUCGCCAAACAUUAUUGAAAAUUGAUGAGCAAUUACCAAAAUAA